CUCUCUCUUUUUAUGUCACUAUCGCUGUUUGCAUGUAGACGCAGCCAAUCUCUUCCCUAUGACGCCGGCGAGGCUGGGCUCAGACGGGUUUGAUCAUAAUAUUUAACACACCCACCCAGUAAGAGCACGAUAUUAGUUCGACUGAGAAGUAUAACAGCCACGGGACAAGUGGAAGCGAAAAUCUCUGCACCUGCCAAGCGGUGUAGCCUACUGGCUCUGCUGUUCCUUGAACGGCAAGACGGAGACGGGAGAUUUAUAUUUUUGACAGGAUCUGGCCUAGGCUUGCAUCCAGGUAUCUUCAGCUGACAAAGCAUCACAUGUUUUUUUUAAAUCUCGUCGUUUUUUUUUGCGUUGCUUUUCUUUAACGCAUUUUUUUGUGCCUGUUGCUAUUUCCUACAAGGACUGUGGCUACAUUUUUUAAUCUGAAAUUGAAUAAAGACUGUCCCUCUGACUUUUAACAAAAAUGACGAUUGGACAGCAUUGACACGUUUUUAUGCUCAUCAUUGCAUGUUCUGAGGAUGGAACAGUGCUUUCGCAACGCAAGUGUGCUAAAACACGUUUAAAAUUCCCUAAACUAUUCACUGCUAUUACGAUUAGAUAUUGUUUUGUGUCGUAUUCAGAAUAGCCACAGACCUAUUUGCUUUAAGGUGCCUGCUCUCCGCAAUGAGUCGGCAUGUCCAUCUGGCUGAAUAUGAAUAAUUCAGUCUUUUCUAAAAGACCAGCGCUCUGUGCGUAAACAUGGAGUUUCUGAUAUAACACGGAUUAUGUUUGGAAUGACCAGAAAAAAUAUCUAAAUGAUCUACAUUGGGUUUUUGCUCCAUAUUUCACAUGUACUAUACUUUUUUAUAUAUAUCGGUGUUGUGCGCUGCUUUUAUGGUUGAGUGAUAUAACAACAACUACUUAGAAGUGAAUCCUGUACAAAAUGAUCAAGAUGAUACUGUUUCGUAAAUUUCGAGUUUUGAUACUCAUGGUGUUUUUGGUGGCGUGCACCAUGCACAUUAUGAUAGACUUGCUCCCAAAACUAGAGAAGCGAGCGACGGGACCGGAAACCGGCAACGGUGGCUGCCAGUGCACUCACAACCCGAGCGAGGAGGCCGGGAGCUGGGGGAAGCAACGCGCUAGGUCGGUGGCGGAACCGGGCUGGCCUAACAAACACACGCUGAGAAUCCUGCAAGAUUUUAGCAACGAGCCGAGCUCAAACCUCACGUCCCAUUCCCUGGAAAAAAUCCCUGCCGUUGGGGAGAGAACGGAGUCUUUCAAACGAAUGAAACAGUACGACGGGGCAGCGGAUAACCAGAAGCCGCUCAUCAGAGACGCCAGCGGGGGUAAGACCGUUGCUGCGCCCGGUAUCUUCCGGCUGCCGUCUCUGUUCGAGCAUCCUUUAUACAAGACGGACCUGCCGACCCUCACAGACGACGACACCUUGUUCAACGUCAAUACUGACAUCAGGUUAUAUCCGAAAGCAGCGGGGAAUCAAGAAUGGCACAAUGAAGCUAACGUGGAAGAGGAGGAGUACCCCCCUACAGGGGAGGUGACAGCCGAGUCCUACCCCAACUGGCUUCGCUUCCACAUCGGUAUCAACCGCUACGAACUCUACUCCAGACACAACCCUGUCCUGGACUCCCUGCUCAAGGAUCUGGUCACCCAGAGGAUCACCAGUGUGGUCAUGAAGUCAGGAGGAACUCAACUGAAGCUCAUCAUGACCUUCCAUAACUACGGACAGGCGCUGUUCAAGCCCAUGAAGCAGACCAGGGAACAGGAGACACCCCCGGACUUCUUCUACUUCUCUGAUCUGGAGAGACACAACGCUGAGAUCGCUGCCUUUCAUCUGGACAGGAUCCUAGACUUCCGGAGAGUGCCCCCGGUGGCGGGAAGACUGGUCAACAUGACCAGGGAGAUACGGGAUGUGACCAGGGACAAAAAGCUCUGGAGGACUUUCUUCAUUUCCCCAGCCAAUAACAUUUGUUUCUACGGCGAGUGCUCCUACUACUGCUCUACUGAGCACGCUCUGUGUGGGAAGCCAGACCAGAUCGAGGGUUCUCUGGCUGCCUUCCUGCCAGACCUGGCCCUGGCCAAACGCAAGACCUGGAGGAACCCUUGGAGACGAUCCUACCACAAACGCAAGAAAGCAGAGUGGGAGGUGGACCCAGACUACUGUGACGAGGUGAAGCAGACUCCUCCCUAUGACCGUGGUUCUCGUCUGCUGGACAUCAUGGACAUGACCAUCUUUGACUUCCUCAUGGGUAACAUGGACCGGCACCAUUACGAGACCUUUGACAAGUUUGGAAACGAGACCUUCAUCAUCCAUCUGGACAAUGGAAGAGGGUUUGGGAAACACUCCCAUGACGAGCUCUCCAUCCUGGUGCCUCUGAGCCAAUGCUGCAGAGUGAGGAAGUCGACUCACUUGCGUCUGCAGCUGCUCGCCAAGGAGGAGUACCAGCUGAGCCGUCUGAUGGAGGAGUCCCUGCUGCGUGACCGCCUCCACCCCGUCCUCAUCCAGCCCCACCUGGAGGCCAUGGACCGGAGGCUGCGCCUGGUGCUCCAGGUCCUGGCUGUCUGCGUGGAGAAGGAGGGCUACAGUAACGUGGUGGAGGUGGACGACCACCACUGGGCCAGAGAAGCCAGAGGGGGCAGGGACACAGCCACCCACAGGAACCCAGGGCACAGGUAGUGAGGCCUGGCUAGGAAGAAAGGGAGAUGGGGGGUGGAGGGGUGGUACCCCUGGUUCUCCCGCUUCUCCCCAUCCUGGACCUCCAAAGAAACUACCGUUGAUGGUGAACCAACCAUGGGUGUCUGGUCUCACGGAGAGACUGACUGGAUCCUGUGACUGUGCGGGAGCCGCCAUUUUGAAUUCAGUGAAUUCCGAGACUUGCCGUCAAUGCCUCUAUGGAACCUCCCAUGUACGUGUGUUUAUAUAUUGGUACUGUUGGUCCACAGAUAUAGCAGUGAUCUGAGGAGAGAAGAGGCCUGGUCUUUGCUAAGUACCAAUGUUUUAUUACUUCUCUUGGACAUGAUAAAUAGGGACCAUUUUGAUUUUACUUUUUUGGUUUUCUUAUUUUAUUUUUGGGGGGUUGUUUGAAUGCGAAGGCUAUCAUUGUUUGCUCGGGUUAGCGCUAAGCUAGCUACAGUAUAUUUACACAACCAAAUGAGAUUUUACUUUAACAAGUUCAAAUGUGGUUUGAGAUUAAUUUAUGCACAGUAACUGGAGGAAUGGAAUAGAAGGUUUAUAAAGCUUUCAUUUUAAAGGGAGAGUAUGAAAAGAAUAUAGUAUAUUAUUUAUGAUGAAUGUCAGUGUGACCGUUAUUUAUCAGUUGCCUCCAUUUUCAACCCAUCACUAUCUAUGACUUUGCUUAUAGGCCUCCAUUACUAUGAGACAUUAUACAAGAGGCUGUUUACAGUACAGAAAGUACCUGGUAUUUACUAAGAAAUUACAUGGUAAAAUGGUAAUUGUACAGUAAUACCCCAUUAAUUACUACAUAAAGUACUCAUUUGGUACUUUGGGAUUCAAAAAAGCAUUUAAAUAUACACCAUUUUGAUCCAGGUAGUUCCCAAUUGUGUUGAAUUUGAAGCAUAAAGUAUAGUGAAAGCCCCAGCUAGAACUCAGUGAUGCCACGUCGUUUCCUAAUAAGUACCACCUAAAUACCUGUCGAAGCCGUACACCAUUAAAGAAAGUGCUACCGGUUUCGUUUUCAAUAAAGCUUUCAGUUCAACUUCAAUUCAGUGUUCAAAGCCUGGAUGGAAGCAGCUCUCUUAAACAAGGGCUCUUAUUGAAGCACCUCUCAGAAGCCCAGAAGUUGACUAGUGUUGAGUGCCCUUGUCCUAGUCCAUUAAAUUACAUAUCAUCCAAUCUUUCCAUUUCUUUUCAUCAAAGCCUUCCAUCAAAAUGUGUCACUCGUUCAUGGUUGGCACUUAAGAUAAUUGCUGCCCCAUUUAUUCAGAAAUUCUGCAUGUUUGACUGAGGAACUUCUAAAUCAAUGCUUUGCUGGAAUGGCUGGACUGAAAACAUGCUGCGUGGUUUACUAGGACAUGUUUUUCAAGGACAUGAGAAUAGCCUUUACAGGAAGUUGUGAUAGAUGAUGACAGUGUGACCAACAUGGCUGAAAUGUUUGUUUUUGCUUAGAUCUCACGUUAGCUGAGCCUAUCUGUUCUGGUCUCAGAGAUCUCACGUUAGCUGAGCCUAUCUGUUCUGGUCUCAGCUGGCAUGGCAGUCCUGGCUUACAGGAUGUGGAUACAAAGGGUACCUCCCAAAUGACAUCCUAACCCCAUAGGGCUCUGCACAAAAGUAGUGCACUAUAUGUGGAAUAGGGUGCCAUUUGGGAUUCAUUCAAAUAAUAAUAAUAAUAAUACAGGACUAUGUAAAUACUGCCAUGAGAAAAUAUCAAUCUGACACUAUUCAUUUAAUAGGCCUUCGAGGUCUUGGUAAAAAUCCCCAUGUAUCUGCAUAUCAUGUAACAAAUGAGAGAUUUUUGCUGUUUUUCCCCCAAAAUACAUGAUCUCUUUGCUUUUUCCCCACGUGAGAUGAUUUUAUUACCAACAAUCUCCCACCAGUUUUGCUCACACGUCAGUAACAGCGAAAUGAUUAUUUGGGAGAAAUAGUCUAGUCUCUAUCCACGUGGAUGUAAAGAUAGGUUGGAACUGUGAUUACAGUGUCUACCAGUAGACAAGUCAGAUGCACUACCCCGUUGUCAUGCCAUUCAUCUUUUAUACCAACUAAAGUUACCAUUACAACACCAAACAAAUGUCAAACGCAGUUUUCUGUGACAAUCCAGGCUACACAGUCACGCACAAUGUUCCUGUUGUAUUGAUCAACGCUUGUCCAAAUGAACAUAGCAUUUAUUGACGUGUCAUAACAUUUAAACAUGGAUGUGGAAAUAAGGGGUAUGUUCUAAGGUUUUUCUUUUUUUGAAACAUUUCUCUUUAUGUUUUGGUACUAAUUAUGUUUUGGUACUAAUUAUGUUUUGGUACUAAUUAUGUUUUGGUACUAAUUAUGUUUUGGUACUAAUUAUGUUUUGGUACUAAUUACUGUUAUGUCCAUUUUAUGAUCUGAAAAGCUGUCUCUGAUUGCUGGAAGCGUUGAGCUCUAUACAGGCGUUCUAUAUUCCACCAAUAGCCCCUAGAAUCUGGCUACGUAUGGCUAACCUGGUGCCUGUGGAAUGUUGGGUAUACUGAAUGUUUCAGGUGACCAUACGGACAGGACUACAACUACAUAGAGUUCACACUACAGCCUGUGUGACAUGGAUCCUCAGACUAAGUUGAAAGAGUUAACAUUAUACAUUUACGUUUGAGUCAUUUAGCAGACGCUCUUAUCCAGAGUGACUUACAGUAGUGAGUGCAUACAUUUUUGCAUACUUUUUUGUACUGGUCCUCCGUGGGAAUCGAACCCACAACCCUGGAGUUGCUCUACCAACUCAGCCUUCUCCUUCCUUCAUACAGCAGCAGUUAAAGGGUUAACUCAGCCCUGGGUGUUGUACUUGCGAUUUUCAUAUUGUCACUGUAAAUAUCUAUAAAUAUAUUGGAAGACCUAAGAGGCUGCAGUGCCGCAGCGAUACGCUUCUGUUCUGUUUUCUCCUAUUGCAUUGUUGCUGUGAACAUCUGUUAGCUAAAUGAUAAAGGUGUGCAAUAAAACAAUUACAACAAAGA